AUGAUGGCGAACAACAAUGGUCCACGCGACUCUCAGCAAGACCGCCGUGUCUACGUCGGCAACCUCUCCUACGACGUCAAGUGGCACCACCUCAAAGACCACAUGAAGGCUGACAACACUUUGGAGGUGCUGUUCGCAGACGUUCUACUACUUCCGAACGGAAUGAGCAAGGGUUGUGGUAUUGUGGAGUAUGCGACUCGGGAUCAGGCUCAGACUGCCAUCAACACGCUCAGCAACACCCCGCUUAUGGGACGGCUUGUCUACGUCCGCGAGGAUCGCGAGACCGAGUCCCGUCCCCCUCAGCCUCAGCGUGGAGGUUUCGGUGGAGGUUUCGGCGGCCGCGGAGGCUUCCAGGGCCCGUAUGGUGGAGGUCCCGGAAUGGGCAUGCACGGCGGAAUGCACGGCGGUAUGCACGGCGGUAUGCACGGCGGUAUGCAUGGCGGUAUGCACGGCGGUCCAGGACGCCAAAUCUUUGUCUCCAAUCUUCCGUUCUCCGUCGGCUGGCAGGACCUCAAGGAUCUUUUCCGCCAAGCUGGUAACGUCGCCCGCGCAGAUGUCCACACUGCCCCAGACGGCACAGCCAAAGGCUCUGGUGUAGUUGCAUUCGAGACCCCAGAAGACGCYCAAAACGCCAUUCAACACUUCAACGGCUACGACUGGCAAGGCCGCGUUCUGGAAGUUCGCGAGGAUCGCUAUGCACAGGCUGGUGGAUUCGGCGGACGCGGAGGUUUUGGUGGACGUGGCGGCUUUGGCGGUCGCGGCGGCUUCGGCGGCCGUGGCGGCUUCGGCGGUGGCUUCAACGGACCGUACGGUGGAGGCGGUGGAGGCUAUGGUGGAGGCUAUGGUGGAGGCCGUGGAGGAUUCGGCGGUGGCGGAUAUGGUGGAGGUGGUGGUUUCGCUGGCGGUCAGGGUGCAGCUCCGCCUGGCGCCUCUGCAGCCAACGUUCCCACUGGCCCCAACCCCUUCAUCGACGGCGUCGUCUCUGGCGGCGAGGCAAGCGCUACUAUCCACGUCAAGAACCUACCAUGGAGCACCAGCAAUGAGGACCUGAUCGAGCUCUUCGUCACCAUCGGCAAUGUUGAGAAGGCCGAGAUCCAGUACGAGCCAAAUGGCCGCUCUCGCGGCACUGGUGUCGUUCUCUUCGGCAGCCAACAAGACGCUGCUACCGCUAUCGAGAAGUUCCAGGGCUACGCCUACGGCGGCCGCCCGCUUGGCCUCGACUACGCCCGCUACCCCGACGGCGGCGCUAUGGAGGGUCAGGAGCAGACGAUGCAGGAGCAGAUGAUGUAG